CCGGGACGCACAUCUGUCUGCACAUUUUGGGAGGAGGUGCACGCGCUGCAGCAGCUCUUUGGCGUCGUCGCGGGUACCCUUCACCGGCGCGAGGGAUCACGCGCUCUCUCCGAGAUCAGCCGCUGGGAGGUUUGGUUUGUCCGGAGGUCCCUGAAGGCGUCGCAGAGGGUCCGGUGGAUUUACUUUGUGUGCCUGUUGUCAGGAUCCGGAUCGGAGUCCUCAAUGAAGCAACAGAUCAUGGCGGAGGGUCCCCGUUGCAAGAGAAGGAAGCAGGCCAACCCCCGGAGGAAGAACGCAGUGGUGAACUUUGAGAAUGUGGUGGAGACGAGUUGGGAGACGGGGGAGGACGGCCUGGUUAGCGGAGAAGAAGGGGGAGAGAAUAAAGAAGCUGAUGUUCUCCCUUUGGAGUCGUCAGCCGACGCCCUGCUGUCCUACCAGGACCAGGAAGAGGAGGAGCAGGAGGAGGGGCCUCAGGACCUCCAUCACACCUGGAGGCUGAGGAACACCUCCCACCUGAAAGGCUGCGAGGACAGGAAAGAUGAAUAUGAAGCUGUCGGUCCAGAAGGAAACGGAACAGGGAAGCGGCUGAAGGGCGUCUUCGUCCUGGACGAGUACUUUCUGAAUGGUGAACACGGCGAUGGUCACCCUGCGACCAUCGCCGAGUAUCUGCAGCGCAGCGACACUGCCAUCAUUUACCCAGAAGCCCCGGAGGAGGUGAUGCGGCUGGGAACCCCCGAAGCCAUCGGCCAGGAAGAGAGCGAGCACGCUGCAGAUCUGCUGUCCGGCUCACCUGACGACUUUUCCCAGCUGCUCACCUGUCCGUACUGUGAACGCGGCUACAAGCGGCUCUCCUCCCUGAAGGAACACAUCAAGUACCGGCAUGAGAGGAGCGAGGAGAGCUUCUCCUGCCUGCUGUGCCCCGACUCCUUUGGCCUCCGCUCGCAGCUGGAGCGUCACAUGACCACGCACGGACCCGCCAGAGACCAGUCGCAGGUCAGCGACACCGCUGGAAACCGCAAAUUCAAAUGCAGCGAGUGUGGAAAAGCUUUCAAGUACAAACACCACCUGAAGGAGCAUCUGCGUAUUCACAGCGGUGAGAAGCCUUACGAGUGCUCGAACUGUAAAAAGCGGUUCUCCCACUCCGGCUCCUACAGCUCACACAUCAGCAGCAAGAAAUGCAUCAGCUUGGUCGCUGUAAACGGACGACUGCGCAACAGGAACAAACCCGGUUCGUCCCCUAAUUCAACAACCUCGUCGCCAGGAAGCCCCGCCUUCGCACAGCUCCGCCAGAAACUGGAAAAUGGGCACCUGCUUAGCCCUCCAGAACAACAGGGUCAACUGGACAUCAAAGCUGAGCCGAUGGACUUCAGCGAGUAUCGGCUGCUGAUGGCUGCUCAGCACGGGUUUGGGGGAUCAGGGAUCUACCUGAGCAGUCGUGGGGGAAGCCCCAUGGGCAUCCACAGCUCCUCCCAGAGCCCCCUUCAACACCUCGGAGGCCUGGGGCUGGAGCUUCCCUUGCUGGGUUUAUCGGGGUCCUUUGCGAACAACCUUAGUGAGGUGCAGAAGGUGCUUCAGAUUGUGGACAACACAGCGUGCAGGCAGAAGGUGGAUGGGAACCCGGAGGAGAUCUCCAAGCUCAGGGCCUACAUGAAGGAGUUGGGGGCCCAGAUGGAGGAGCAGAGGCUGGUCCAGGCUGGUUUUCAGGCUGUGGGCAACGGCAGCCCUACAAAGAGCAUUAUCGACUACACGCUUGAGAAGGUUAACGAGGCCAAGAAUCUGAUCGACGACUCCAAGAGGCAGGCGGACAUCAAAAAGGAGAGGUCAAACCACUCCACUGAUCUCAGAGGGGAGGAGAAAUCUCACAAUGACCAAAACCAGUUCCUCCCCUUCUCCUGCCAGUACUGCAUGGAGACCUUUGCAGGUCCAAUCCCUCUGCAUCAGCAUGAGCGCUACCUGUGCAAAAUGAACGAGGAGAUCAAAGCGGUCCUGCAGCCAACAAACGGCAAGGGGGCGGUGCCCAGCGAGCGGUGCUCUAAUGAGCGGGCCACCAGCCCCCUCAACCCUUUCAAGGAACACGUGUCGGUGCUCAAGGCCUACUCUACCAUAAACACUGACCCCAACUCAGAGGAAUUGCUCAAGAUCUCAAUUGCGGUCGGCCUUCCUCAGGAGUUUGUCAAGGAGUGGUUUGUCCAGUGGAAGAGCCGGAACCACCACGGAGCUAGUCUGAGGAAGAAGUCGCCUCCUCCACUCAGCAGCGGCUUGUUUGUUAACCACAGCUUGAGCCGGACAUCAAAGACCAUUCAGACCGUAGAUUCACACCAAGGAUUCGCUAACGGCGACGCUUCCCACAGACUUACAAAGGCCAUCAAGUUGACAGGCAACCGGCAGACAACAGCCGACAAACCACUAAACCCCUUAGACCACUUGAGGAGCAACACUCCUUCACCCCUCAACCUUUCCUCUGCUUCCUCCAAGAACUCUCAGAGCAGCUGUUACACUCCCAACAGCCUAGCUUCUGAGGAGGCACACAAGGAUUCACCACUGGAUCUGUCGCUUCCCAAACACAUGGCCCAGAAGCUAAUGGCUGUACGGGAGAAGCACCAUAGGCCAAACGGUUUCAACAUAGAGCGCGGUGGCAAGGUGCUCGGACGGGAACAGGUCUCCAGGCCAAUGGAUUUGAUCAACAUCAAGAACUCCGAUGGUGGAGGAAACUCCAUCCACCACAUGGAGAAGAGCACCAGUCCCAUCUUUGGGAUCAAUCCCUUUUCUGGCGGUCACGUCUACACCUCUCUGCCACCUCACGGGGCCUUUCCUCCUCCCACCUUCAUGUCUGCUCCCCGGGCCUCCAUCGCGGGCCUCAGGUCCUACCCUGGCCUGGACCCAAUCAGCUUCCUGCCCCACAUGGCCUACACCUACGCCAACGAGGCUGCCACAUGCGUUGAAAUGCAGCAGAAGAGAAAGUACCAGCGGAAACAAGGUUUCCAGGGUGAGCUGCUGGAUGCCACAGUGGACUAUCUGUCGGGCCUGGACGACCUCACAGACAGCGAAUCGCUGCUGUGCAGGAAGAAGAUGAAGAAGACUGAAAGUGGUAUGUACGCGUGUGACUUGUGCGACAAAACAUUCCAGAAGACCAGUUCCCUCCUAAGACACAAAUAUGAGCACACAGGGAAGCGUCCUCACCAGUGUCAGAUCUGUAAGAAGGCCUUCAAGCACAAGCACCACCUCAUUGAGCAUUCGCGCCUGCACUCCGGAGAGAAACCCUACCAGUGUGACAAGUGCGGCAAGCGCUUCUCCCAUUCGGGCUCGUACUCGCAGCACAUGAACCACCGCUACUCGUACUGCAAGAGGGAGGCCGAGGAGCGUGAGGCAGCUGAGAGGGAGGCAAGGGACAAGGGAGGACAAGGAGGAGGUCUGGAGGAGGAGCCCACCGAGUUGCUGAUGAAGAGGACCUUCUUACAGGGGCUCGGCCCGCUGGGGUACUCUGAUCCUGAGGACCAGCAGGAGGACGGUGGGACGAUUCUGAGGGACGGCAGCGAGGACGGAGAACGGGAGGAGAGGGAAGACGAUAAGAUGUACGAGGAGGUGACAGACAGACGGGAGGCCGGUUUCACGGAAGAAGAGGAAGUGGAGGAAGAAGAACACAGUGGGAACCAGAUGGACUCAACGAGGGACAACGAGAGCGAAGACAGGAUACAGCUGAUGGAGCAGAGCUCACAAAAAGGGAAGACAGACAGAAAGCCACACCAGGAGGACUGAAGCAGAGACACAGACGCUCACCAACAAUCGGUUUGUCCUGUUUCUCAAAAACUGCUUUUAUUUGGAAGGGCCGAAGACAUGUUACUGAGGUUUAUUUAAAAAAAGCAUCACAAAGGUGUUUCAAUCCUGUUCCCUGUCAGGGCAGCACGUCCACAUCCGGCUGAGCAACCGACCUGUCGAAACAACGUCUUAUACAACGUGUCCAAACUUAACGAUGACUCCUACAAAAUGUCCAGAUAAUGUUUCCUACAACAUGUCCAAAUGUAACAAUGUCUCCUACAACGGGUCUAACCUUAAUAAUGGCUCCUACAAGGUGUCCAAACUUAACCAAUGUCACCUUGAAUGGGUUGAAACUUGUCCACUACAGGUCUAAACAUUGUAUUUUACAACAUGUACAACAGUAACAAUGUCUCCUGCAACGUGUCUCAACAAUGAAUCGUACAAAAUGUCCAGAUAAUUUUUCCUACAACAUGUCCAAAUUUAACAAUGUAUCUUUUCCAAUUUGUCCAAACCUUACAAUUUAUUUGAAUUUAAUUAAUUUUAUUUUAUAUAGUCCAAAAUUGUAAGUUCCAAAUUUUGCCUUAUAUGGCUUUACAGUCUGUAUACAUGCGACAUCCCCUGUCCUGAAACCUUUACACUCUCUUUACACCCUAACCCAAAGAAAUGAAACCUUAAGGAGAACAUCAUUCUGUCCAUCUUUCUCCUGGGAUGAACAUAAUGCAAUGGAUGCCAUGUGUACAUAAUGUCUCCUACAAUGUGUCCAAACAUCUUCUAUACAAGCUGAACCCUAAAAGCAUAUUUCUACCAUUAGCCUGCUUGCUAAUUACAGCCUGCUUGCGAAUUACAGCUACUUAGCUAAUACUAACAUUUAUUAGCAGCACAACUGAAUUUAGUCUCAACUAAAGAUGGAAAAUCCUGUAAAACACAUUUAUAUUUCCCACUGCUAGUUUUGAGUGAGAUGGUCAGAUGCUAAACAUGCUGCUAACUGUGCGAGCAUGUGCCUGGCAAACAAGUCAGCGGUUAGCUCUCCAGCUACAGUGGUUGAUCAACUACCCAUAUGAUUAGGGAAGAAAAACGCACAUAAAUGAUGACGCUGCUUCUUUAAAAGGUUUUUAUAAGAUAUACAUCUCAUUACAAAAAUGUCAAAUGUGAAACAACUUUGAUUCCUAUUAAUUUACACAUUAAGGUUGUUAGUCAAAUAACAAAGAAACUGAUAAAUAUAAAACAUCAAGUUCACCUUCAAAUGAUCUGUGUUCAGUCCUCGACCGAAGACGGAGCAUGACGCCAUGCUGGUGGAAUUGUUUAAAAAGCCACAUUAUGCAAAAAUAAAAGAAUAAGUAAUUAUUGAAGAUGAAUUACUGUUGAAGCUGUUUUUAAUGUACAGUAUUUUAAACGCCUAAACGCUGUGUGGUGCUAUAAUGUCCUUAACUUCCUGUGUCUCGUUGUGUUUGAAACCCUGCAUCAGGAAAAUUGCACUUCUCAAAUCCUCUAAUCACUACAACGAAAAAAAGGAAUUAAAAAAAUAUGGGAAAAAGCCUUGAACACGCGACCACGUCCUGUCAGUGUUAUUGUUGUACUUUGUGUCUUUUACUUUGACAUUUUUUAUUUUGAACCGGUUCCUAAAGAUUUCUUUUGGUAUUUGUGAAGGAACAAUUGAACCUAGGAUUUUCAAAAUAAAAUGUUGCUAUAAGUCUUAAAAAUAAUAGGAAGGAGCUUAUUGUAAUGAAGAUAAAAAAGGACGGAGCCUUUGUGUGUUGACUUGUUUCUCCAGAAAGCCUUAUAUUCAAACCUUUUCACCUGUCAUUCUGCAAAGUGCCAUCCCUCUCUUCAGUGUUAACGCCCCUACGGCACGCUCUCAUUUGCCAGUGUUGGCGUAGGUAGACCGCAGGUUGCUAGUUUACAUAUGUUUGUGCAAUUUUCUCUACUUGUUUGUUCCUCAGUAUUUUUUGUUUUUGUUGAAUUUUCCAACAUAAAUUUCCUUUCUGAGAUUCUUAUUUGAGAAUUUACCAUUUUAUUUAUGUGGGUCAUUUUAUAAUUCCUAAUUGUAUUUAUUCCAUACUGUAGUGUACAGUAUUAGUUCCUCACAAAUAGAUAUAUUUUAAUAAACAAUAUUCUAUCAUUGACUAUUGGAGCAAAAAAAUGAGUAGAGCGUUUAUGCUGUUUAGAACAUUUCAAUUAUUUUGUUCUGUCUUACUUUUUGUCUUUUGCUUGUUUUUCUUUGAAACUACUGGACAUUCUAAAUUUGGAGAAUUUGGUGAACUUUUGAUACAAUGAUUAUUGUGUAAACACUGUAUUUCUGAGAGUUAAAUCCACAUUAUUCAUCCCACUAAGAAGGACGAAUGACGAUGACGAUAAUGUCUUAAGUAUUAUUAUUGAAUUUUUAAUUUCUUUGGAAAUGAUCAUGCUCGAAUAAAUGUAGCCAAAUUAAAUUGUAAUAAAACCAUGUUAUUCUUCUUGUA